UCUAAUUAUUAGUGUUGUGUAGCUGCUUUACUGCUAAAUUGUUUAUUGCAAAAAAUCUGCGAACAGGAAAUUGUAGGACAAAUAACCAAUCGACCAAGCGACGAAAUGUGUUAGAUGUUUAAGUUGCUGACUAAUACUAGGUGGAAGGUAAUCAGUUCGACUCGCCGCAAGAAACGAUGCUGCCGCCGAGGGAAAACGUCGACCUGGAGUGCUUCCUGGUUACCAAGCACUCCUGGAAGGGCAAGUACAAGCGCAUCCUAUCCAUCGGCACAGCCGGCAUCUCCACUUACAAUCCGGACAGGUGCGACCUGACCAACAGAUGGUCCUACUCGGACGUCGUUGCAGCAGCACCCUCAAAGACUUCAAAUAUACCCAAUGAGUUUGUCCUGACUAUCAAGAAGGAUAAGAAACUGGAUACAAUCAAAUUGUCGUCGGAAUACCGCAACGACAUACUCAGUUCGAUAUUGAAAUACCACAAGGAGUUUGCCGACAAGCCCAAGAAUGCUCAGCGCUUCAGUGCUUACAAGUACCACUGGUCAGGCAUCAGCCUGCCCACUGUGCUGGAGGUCACGCCCUGCUCACUGGACCAGCUCGAUCCAACCACCAACGAUGUGCUUGCCAGCUAUAUGUACAAGGACAUAGAGGGAAUAAUAGCAGGAAUCUCGGAUUAUGAGGGAGGAAUCGUUAUGGCCUAUGGAGGAUUCAGCCGCUUGCAUCUGUUCAAGGCGUUAAAUCACCACGAAAUCGUGCAGAACAUUGCGCAAAGAUCUGCGCAAUUUUUGGGAAUCGAAACCAAAAUACUCAAAAGUCAGAUCACUCUGGAGCAGUUCGAGAGGCAGCGGUUUGGCAAAUUCAGCGGUGACCAGUUUCAAACCUCAUCGACCGAGUUCUCAGUGCAUAAAAUAACGCCCCGCCAUCCGGAUCCGGUGAAGCGCAUCCUUUGCCUUACAGAGGUGACUCUUCUGGAAAGGGAUCCCCAGACCUAUAGCGUAUGCACACUGCGUCCGCUCACCGAUGUGUUCGCUCUGGUUCGAGACAAAGACAAUCUGCAACGCUUCAGCAUCGAGUACAAAAAUGGAAUAGUGCGCAGCUACAGCACCAACGAUCGGGACUCGUUGCUGGCCACUGUGCUGGAUGCGGUGCGCUCCAGUGGCAAUCAGGAUGUGCACAUCCGUAUUGGCAACACGCCGCGUGGCAAACGGUAUGUGCCGCUGAACAGCUCCGUAGACGAGGAGACGGAGGCGAACUUGAUGCGCAUGGUCAUCAACAAUUUCCAGAACCCUUCAAAGCGAUAUGAGAUUCUAGAGCGUUUCAAUGCCAACGUGCCUCACAGUGGUCUUAACUACAGCGUAACCCAAGAUAGCUUGUUUGCUGAGAACAAAGAUAAGCUCAUCCUAAGUGCUCUGCAGGCGUUGGCCCAAAAAGAGCUGGACAGUCCCACCGCCCAGCUAAGCAACUUGGAACUGGAGGCCAUAUUCCAUGCCCUUACGCGUCUGCUGGCGAGCAAAGUGGGCUACGCAGCCUUUACCAAUCUCCCGGGCUUUCGUGAGAUCAUCGGUACAAAGGUAGUGGCCGCUUUACGGCGCAAGGAUCUGGCUGUGACGUACUCUGCCAUUGAUAUGAUAAACUCCCUAAUGCAUUCUGUAAAUUCUGACCACGAUUUAAAGCAAGAGCAGCUGAAUAAGUCAUCCAUUUUGUCAUCCAAAUCGUUUCUUGAAACAUUGCUAAAUAUGUGGACAACACAUGUGAGUCAUGGCAGUGGUGCUCUGGUGCUAUCCGCCAUGCUGGACUUCAUGACCUUUGCCUUGUGUGUGCCUUACAGCGAGACCACAGACGGCAAGCAGUUCGACAUUCUGCUGGAGCUGGUCGCAGAUCGUGGUCGCUAUUUGUACAAACUGUUUCAGCACCCCUCGCUGGCGAUCGUGAAGGGAGCUGGCCUGGUGCUGCGGGCCAUCAUUGAGGAGGGCGAACUGCAAGUGGCCCAGCAAAUGCAGGCCUUAGCUCUGGAUGAGGCGGCGCUGUGCCGCCACUUGCUGGUGGCCCUGUACACGCCCUCCAAUGAUCCCACCCAGACCACGCAACGUCAGUUGUCGCGCCAUUUAAUAGGACUGUGGCUAACGGACAGCGAGGAAGCAAUGGAUCUGUUCAAGCGCAUUUUCCCCGCUGGUCUGUUGACUUUCUUGGAGUCGGAGGAUUCUGUUCCGGAGUCGGACAUUGAGGAAGACAAACUUAAUUUUCGUGACAAUCUCAAAUUUGCAAUACAACAUUCCAACAAAACUCGAAAGAAUGUGAUAGAGAAGCAUUUACAAGGCAUCAAGCAUUGGGGAAUGAACCUCAUUGAGAAGCAGGAUGGAGCGGCUCAAGCUCUGAAGAAUCGUCCAGUGGUACUACGUAAUCGACGCCAAAAGAAAAAGACAUCCGAUGACGUUGUGAAUCUGCCUUACUUCUUUUACAACUUUGCCAAAGAUCACAGCCUUCCAAAUUUAAUAUGGAAUCACAAGACCCGCGAGGAAUUGCGUAUGUGCUUGGAGAACGAACUGCGACAGUUUCUCAACGAUCGUGACUUAGCCGGCCAAAUGAUUGUGGCCUGGAAUUAUCAAGAAUUCGAGGUGGGCUACCAAUGUCUGGCUGAUGAGAUCAAAAUCGGGGACUACUACAUUCGGUUGAUACUGGAGAAGGACGACUGGCCGCAGAAUCUAGUAAAGGAUCCGAUUGAACUAUUCAAUGCCUUGUAUCGGCGAGUGUUGUGUCGUCAGCGCGUAAAUGAUGACCAGAUGACUGUAUUUUCUCUUCAGGCUUUGGCAAAGGUCUACCGCCGUUAUCACGCGGAGAUUGGCAAGUUCAACGAUAUGUCGUACAUUCUGCAGCUAAGCGAUAGGUGUCUAUCCCCAUCCAUGCGCGAUGCACUGAUCAACCUCAUUUCUUGUCUGGUGCUGGAGAAAUCCAACAGUCGAGCCCUCAUCGAUCAUGUGCAGUGCCUGGUGGAUCUCAUCACUCUAGCCCAUCUGCACAAGGGACGGGCCCAGCUCAAUACCAAAACAAAUGUGAUUGAAGCAGGUCCGAAUAUGGCUGCCUAUGAAGAGAAGGAUUGGUAUUACAACAUCGAGAAAGAUGGCCAAAAGCCAGAGCGCCAGGGACCCAUCACUUACUCCGAGCUCAAGGAACUCUGGCAGAAAGGACUAAUUACACCCAAGACCCGUUGCUGGGCUAUCGGAAUGGAUGGCUGGCGAUCUCUUCAGCAGAUCCCGCAGCUAAAGUGGUGUCUUAUUGCCAAAGGCACUCCGCUCUACGACGAGACUGAGCUUUCCUCAAAGAUUCUAGACAUACUGAUCAAGUGCACCAGCUUUUUCCCGAGUCGCACCCAGAAUGGAGUAGCAGUGCUAAUUCCAGGACCGAAGUUGUCCCGAAAGCUUUCGGAAUUCAUCUGCCUACCGCAUGUGGUACAAGUUUGCCUUACCCAUGAUCCCGGAUUGCUGGAGCGCGUGGCCACGCUGCUUUACCAGAUUAUGGAGGACAAUCCGGAGAUGCCCAAGGUCUACCUCACGGGAGUCUUCUACUUCAUGCUCAUGUACACAGGGAGCAACAUUUUACCUAUAACCAGAUUCCUCAAGAUGACUCAUAUGAAGCAAGGAUUCCGCAGCGAGGAGACCUCUCAAUCCGGUAUCAUGCACCGCAGCAUUCUAGGACAACUGUUGCCCGAAGCUAUGGUCUGUUUCCUGGAAAACUACAGCGCAGAGAAGUUUGCGGAGAUCUUCCUUGGCGAGUUCGACACGCCGGAGGUGAUUUGGAGCUCGGAGAUGCGACGUCUGCUAAUAGAAAAGAUCGCUGCCCACAUAGCGGACUUUACGCCACGACUCCGGGGCCAUACAAUGGCAAGGUAUCCGUACUUGGCCAUUCCAGUGAUUAGCUAUCCGCAGCUGGAGAAUGAGUUGUUUUGUCACAUCUACUAUCUCCGUCACCUAUGCGACACACAAAAGUUUCCCAACUGGCCCAUCUCGGAUCCGGUGCAACUUCUAAAGCACACACUCGACGCCUGGCGCAAGGAGGUGGAGAAAAAGCCUCCUCAGAUGACAAUCCAGCAGGCUUAUGAGGAUCUGGGCAUCAACCUCACCAAGACUCCUAAGCCAGACGAGUCCAUGAUUCGCAAGAGCUACUAUAAGCUGGCCCAACAAUAUCACCCCGACAAAAAUCCCAAUGGGCGCGAGACAUUCGAGAAAGUAAAUCAGGCUUACGAGUUCCUUUGCUCGCGAAAUGUGUGGAGCUCGGGUGGACCAGAUCCCAAUAAUAUUGUGCUUAUACUUCGCACCCAGAGUAUUCUUUUCGAGCGUUAUCCGGAUGUUUUGCGACCCUACAAAUACGCUGGCUACCCACAGCUCAUUAAAACCAUUCGCCUGGAGACUCGUGAUGACGAACUAUUCUCAAAGGAGGCCCAACUGCUAACAGCUGCCUCUGAGUUGUGUUACCACACGGUGCACUGCUCCGCCUUAAAUGCCGAAGAGCUACGUCGAGAAGAGGGUAUAGAGGCCCUGCUGGAGGCCUACACCCGCUGCGUGUCCAUUCUUGGAGUGGACUCCAAGCCAGAGUCACUGCACUAUCAGGUCAUUUCGAACGUGACACGCUGCUUUGAAGUGGCCUGUAACUUCGAGAAGUGCAAGCAAAAGAUCAUUCAGCUGCCACAGCUACUGUCGGACGUAUGCCGCGUUGUCUAUUUCAAGCACACGCUUUCAGUGAGCCUGGUGACCAGUCUGGCGGCCAACAACUACGACCUGCAAUGUCAACUGUCGCGAAACGGAGUCCUGUGGUCCUUGCUGCUAUUCAUAUUUGAGUAUGACUACACACUAGACGAGAGUGGUGUGGAGGUCAGCGACAAGUCCAACCAGCAACAGCUGGCCAACAACCUGGCGAAGAUGGCCGUCCUCGGGUGCAUUUCCCUAGCGGGUUACAGCAUGGAGUUACGUCAGAAACCGGUGACGGGGAGCGAGGCUAAUUCGCCAGCGGCCAAGCCGCCACCAGCCAUCAAGCCGAAGCCAUCGGUAACCGCUCCAUCAAGUUCAACAUACACCCAGAACGCCCACAAUCCGCUGCAAAGUAAACAGUUGGCCAUCACUACCGGCAAGGAGAAGGAGCCAGACUCCUCUUCCGGCAGCAGUGACACCUCCAGCUCCACGCCCACCGAUAGCGAGCAACAACAACAGGUAACGAGGAGCAGUCCCAGUGCCAUCCAGCAGAAAUACAUUGUGACGGGGGAGGCGAAGAACUCCCUGAUCAAGCAGGUGCUCGAUCGUCUGCUUACCCGUUACAUUGCCAACCAGUUGGCCACGGCUCGCGACAGCGAUGUUCUCAAGUUGCUCACGGCAAACACGCGCAAUCCUUACCUUAUCUGGGACAAUGGCACACGCGCUCAGCUCAAGGAUUUUCUCGAACAUCAGCGUACGGCCUCCGCCAAGGAGACGCACGAGGACAUUACACAGCUUUCCGAGCUAGUCUCCAGCUUCGAGUUCGAUGCACAUAAAGACGAGCUGCAGAUCGGCGGUAUAUUCAUACGCAUCUAUAACGACAUGCCAACCCAUCCCAUUACACACCCAAAACUCUUCAUCAUGGAUUUGCUGGAGUACCUAAAGCACGCCUUUCAAUUUCUGCAGUACAAAAAGAAUCCGGCAUCAGCUGCCCCUGCUGUUAUCGGUGCUCCCAAAAUGGGCAGUGAUGGCAUCCUGACUCCCACGCUGGCACCCAAUCAUCCUCAGCUGCAGCAGGCGGCGACGGGCAAAACGGGCAGCACCUUUGACGAAGUGCUCAGUGCGUACAACCGAUCCAAAAGCCGGAAGAAGCUAGAGACAGACGCCCAGACGGAACAGCAGUUGGCCCUGCAGCAGUGCAAAUACGACUUCGGCAGCGAUGGGAAGCUUGAGUUGCAUGUUACUAUGGUGCUCAAAGCAUUAAUCUCGGUGAUCAAGUCAAACGCCGAGGUGGAGAUCCAGUGCAUCGGGAACUUCGACAUGAUCUUCGGCUUUCUGGCUAACAAUAUAUUCCCCGAUAACUCCACUGUUAAGUCCGUGGCCUUGGAGGUGGUUUCUUUGGUUUCACGCAACAAGGAAUGCGUCUCGGAGGUGGCAGCCUGUGAAAUCCUGGGCAACUAUCUGGUGGCUCUCAAGGACCCAGAGCUUCGUGCAAGCCAAGUGAAAGUGUUGGAGACUCUAUCUGGCCUGAUGAACGUGCAAGAGAUGAUCAAGGAGGCCCAGGCCAAGGGCGCCACCAUCUACCUGCUGGAUAUGUUCUGCAACUCGCGUAAUCCACAGAUCCGCGAGAUGUGUGCCAGUAUUCUGGCUAAGAUGACGGCGGACCGUCUGAGUGGUCCCAAGGUGCGGAUCACUGUGUCGAAAUUCCUGCCAGCUUUGUUCAUCGACGCUAUGGUGGAGUCGCCGCCCACAUCUGUUCAGCUCUUCGAGUCUAUCCAUGAGCAUCCGGAGUUGAUUUGGAACGACAGCACGCGAUCGAAUGUUUGUGAUGCUGUGGCCGAGACGUGCGAAAGAUUCUAUCAGUUGCAGAAGGCGAAUCCCCGCCAUGUGUGGAAGGAUCCGGAAAUACUUAAGGACAUUGUAUCCAACGAAAUCGUCGUGGCCGGCGUCUACCUCCGACUGUUUGUCAGCAAUCCCGCCUGGACGCUUCGCAAGCCCAAGCAGUUCCUCUCCGACCUCCUGGACUUUGUCGUCGAACAGAUCGGCAAGAGCUCCUCCGAGCAGGAUGUGCUGGACCUCUCCACCACGGCACUUGUAGAGCUCCUGCGCUCGCAGCCCAACCUUUCGGACGAUAUCCCAGUGCUGGGGCACAUACCGAAGCUGUUCAACCUGCUCUCGGUGCAGCCAAAGAAUACGCUAUCAGUAUUACAUCAGCUCUCGCUGUCUGAGUUCUGCGUAAGUGCCAUCUCACAGACAGAGUGUGUGGCUCCGUUGAAGAAGUGCAUGGAGCACAAUAGAGAUUGCAUCGAGAAGGCCUGCGAGGCGCUAAGCCGACUGUUUAAGCACCAGCAUGACUCACUGAUAAGUCAAUCCCUGGAGGUGGGUCUUAUACCAUUUUUGCUGGGACUGUUGGACAGCCGACUGGAGUUCGUGGACAAUCCUUCGGCGGUCAAGGCGCAAAUUGUCGCGGCGCUGAAAGGCAUGACGCACAAUCUUAACUACGGCGAUCGGGUCACGCAAAUCUUGCUCAAGCAUCCCGUGUGGGCCGAGUUUAAGGAUCAGCGCCACGAUUUGUUCAUUGCCGACACCACCAUACGUGGCUAUCUAACGGGCGUCAAUCCCACGGCUGGCUAUCUGACGGCGGGUCCUGCGCAAAGCGUGGAAGUCCUCACCUCACCGCCGCCCAUCGAUCGCGACGAUCCUUCGGCCCGACCACCCAUCGAUUAGCGACUUAUUAUCUGCCAGACUAAGGCUAAAGCCUAAGCUGGCACUUGAAUUGAUUACGCUAUCACGGAGCCUUUGAUUGCCACGGAAUCUGACAUAUGGAAACGGACACAGACUUGCACGGGUUCUCCCCAAUUAUUGUA